AUGGCCGGAAAGUUGCUGUCACUGUUGCCACCCCUGCUGCUGGCUGCGGUGGGUCUCGCCGGUCUCCUGCUGCUGUGCGUCCCAACCCAAGACGUCCGGGAGCCGCCCUCCCUCAAGUACGGCAUCGUUCUGGAUGCUGGCUCUUCACACACAUCUAUGUUUGUCUACAAGUGGCCAGCAGAUAAAGAGAAUGACACAGGCAUCGUGGGCCAGCACAGCUCUUGUGAUGUUCAAGGUGGGGGCAUCUCCAGCUAUGCAGAUGACCCUUCUGGGGCGGGCCAGAGUCUGGUUGAAUGUCUGGAACAGGCACUUGGUGAUGUGCCCAAAGACAGACAUGCCAGCACACCAGUCUACCUGGGAGCUACAGCAGGCAUGCGUCUAUUGAACCUGACCAAUCCAGAGGCCACAGCCAGGGUGCUCGAGGCAGUGACACAGACGCUCACACAGUACCCCUUUGACUUCCGUGGUGCUCGUAUCCUCUCGGGACAGGAUGAAGGAGUGUUUGGCUGGGUGACUGCCAACUACCUGCUGGAGAACUUCAUCAAGUAUGGCUGGGUUGGCCGGUGGAUUCGGCCAAGGAAGGGAACUCUGGGGGCCAUGGAUCUUGGGGGUGCCUCAACACAGAUCACCUUUGAGACGACCAGGCCAUCUGAAGAUCCAGACAGUGAGGUCCAUCUGCGACUCUAUGGCCAGCACUAUCGUGUCUAUACCCACAGCUUCCUCUGCUAUGGCCGGGACCAGGUUCUGAAGAGGCUGCUGGCCAGUGCUCUCCAGAUCCAUCACUUCCACCCCUGCUGGCCAAAGGGCUACUCCACCCAAGUGCUGCUUCGGGACGUCUACCAGUCACCAUGCACUAUGGACCAGCGUCCUCAUGACUUCAACAGCAGUGCCAUUGUCAGCCUUUCGGGGACCAGCAGCCCUGCUCUCUGUCGUGACCUAGUCUCUGGGCUCUUCAACUUCUCCUUCUGUCCCUUUUCCCAGUGCUCCUUCAAUGGGGUCUUCCAGCCCCCUGUGACUGGGAGCUUCAUUGCCUUUUCGGCUUUCUACUAUACUGUGGACUUCCUAAGGACGGUGAUGGAGCUGCCUGUGGGAACCCUGCAGCAGCUGGAGGCAGCCACGGAGAUUGUCUGCAACCAGACCUGGGCUGAGCUUCAGGCCCGAGUUCCAAGGCAGGAGGCCCGCCUGGCUGACUACUGCGCCGGAGCCAUGUUCAUACAACAGCUGCUAAGUCGCGGCUAUCGCUUUGAUGAGCACUCUUACAGAGGAGUGGUCUUCCAAAAGAAGGCUGCAGACACGGCUGUCGGCUGGGCGCUGGGCUACAUGCUAAAUUUGACCAACAUGAUUCCCGCUGACCUUCCAAGACUACGUAAAGGAACUCACUUCAGCUUCUGGGUCGCUCUUCUCCUGCUCUUCGCAAUCCUGCUCUUGGCGGCGUUGGUCCUGCUCCUGCGCCAGGUGCGCUCCACCAAGUCCCCAGGCGCCCUCUAG